UAGAGGCGGAACAACAAGAAUGAUCACUUCCUGUAUUGCGAUGCUGCCCAGGGAUACAUAAAGUCUUUUGUCAUUUUAAGUUUAGAUCUCAAAUAUUUUAUUUUAAAAGACAUAGGACGCAGAGGACAGCACAGCGAUGGGUCUGUUGACGAUUUUAAAGAAGAUGAAGCAGAAGGAGCGGGAGAUGAGGCUUCUAAUGUUAGGUCUGGACAAUGCAGGGAAAACGACCAUCCUGAAGAAGUUUAACGGCGAGGACAUCAGCACCAUUUCACCCACUCUUGGUUUCAACAUCCAAACACUGGAGCACAGAGGGUUUAAAUUAAAUAUGUGGGAUGUUGGGGGUCAAAAGUCGCUGCGAUCCUACUGGAGGAACUACUUUGAGAGCACAGACGGACUGGUGUGGGUGGUGGACAGUGCAGACAGACUCAGACUGCAAGACUGCAAACAGGAGCUCAGUACACUGCUGCUGGAAGAGAGGUUAGCUGGAGCUACUUUACUAGUAUUUGCCAACAAGCAGGAUCUACCUGGAGCUCUGUCAAAAGAAGCCAUUAGAGAAGAACUGGCCCUGGAUGAUAUUAAAAGUCAUCACUGGUGCAUCAUUGAUUGCAGUGCAGUGACAGGAGAAAAUCUGUUAUCUGGAGUGGACUGGUUAUUGGAUGACAUUGCUGCAAGAAUCUUCACUGCCGACUGAGCAGGAAGGAAAAACAAAACCUGAAAUGGACUUAAAAGAAGUAUCAAUAAAAAUAUUCCAGCCAUUUUUGAUUAGAUGAACUUAUAAGUCUACACUGACCACAGCAUUCACAGAUUGAAUUCAUAUUGUAUGGAUUUAUUACAAAGCAUGUUUACAAAGCAUUCAAUAUUCAAAUUUAAGUUCUGGUAGAGCCCAAGUUUAACUGAACUGGAGGAUUUCAGUUUUGAAAAGGUUUUAAUUUUGGGCAAUGUUAACUCACCAAGUAAUUUUAAUGAAACCUUGUUUGUAUGACUCAUGCAAAGUAAAUAAACUUCAAACAUUGAGUGGCUAGA